UGUCACCUGCCAUUGUUUUGAGAGCGUUGUGGAUUCCAAUAUGACCACCCACAAGACUUUUAGGAUCAAGCGCUUCCUUGCCAAGAAGCAGAAGCAGAACAGACUAAUCCCCCAAUGGAUUCGCAUGAAGACUGGUAACAAGAUUAGGUACAAUUCUAAAAGAAGACAUUGGCGAAGGACAAAACUUGGCCUGUAAACAGGUUGCCCAUUAUGUUCUUAGAAUUUUUCAUGACUUUUAAGAAUGGGUGAAAAAAGAACAUGCUGCCUUACAUCUUGAAGAUAUUUUGUACAGA